CGGACACUUGUUAGGUAUGUGUGCGUGGGGAUGGUUCCCGUUCACUGAGUGAACCUGUGACCCAAAACAGUGUCCCGGCUGGAAUGUGCAGGCGGUGCAGACGCUGCUGCCACCCACGGCUCGUACGGGACAUUGCCCGGAGUGCAGUGGAAAGAUUGAGUCUGCUUUGCCAUCAGGUACCGGCUUCCAUGUGCAAGAUAACAUAUGAGAGGCUCAGUGUGGGACUUAUAAAGCAGAUUGUAAGCAUCUGCUUUUGUGGAAGCUUUUGUUCUCUGUGCUCAGUGACUGGGACAAGUUCAGUUCAGUCUUCAAAAGCAGGACAUAGACUUUGGCUAUAUUUUUCAUAGUUACGUGAAGAUAGAAAUCUGAACGGAUGCCUGUGCCGCCACCACCACCUCCUCCUCCACCACCUCUACCACCCUCUGGAGGGCCUCCUCCACCACCACCUUCUGGAGGGCCCCCUCCACCACCACCUUCUGGAGGGCCUCCUCCACCACCACCACUGGCUAGUUCAGAAGUACCAAAAUUGCGGAAGGAAGAUCAGAAAGCACGAAACGCACUCUUGGCUGAUAUCCAGCAGGGAACUCGCUUAAGAAAAGUGACUCAAAUCAAUGACCGCAGUGCACCACAGAUUGAAAAACCCAAAGGAGCUAAUAGAGAUGGAGUUAAUCCAGCCGUCAAUAAAGGUGGCUCUCAGCAGCCUUUGGGAGGUUUAUUUGCUGGUGGCUUUCCUGUUCUCAGACCAGCAGGCCAGAGGGACAUGACAGCAGGGAGGCCUGGGCAGGUUUCCGGAGUCCGAGCAGCGGCCCCCAAACACUCCGCCCCAGCGAACAGCGGCGCUGCCAAGCCGAGCAGUAACCCCUCGCACCCAGCCGAAGGUCCAAGGGCAGCUGUGCCACCAGAGCCUCCCAGCACCUCCCGAGCCGCAGCGGGAGCCGGAACCGGAGCCGGCCCCGGGCGGCCCAGCCUGCCCGCCCCCCCUCCACCGCCUCCCGCUUCCAGCAAACCUUCCCUCACUUUCCCUCCUCCUCCCCCUCUCCCUCCUCCGGCCGAUCGCCCGCCCAAGGGGGUGACGCCUGGCGCGGCUCCUCCGCCCCCGCUCCCUCCUCCCCAGGCUGACAAACCCGCCAAGUCUCCAGCAGGCGCUUCACACCCCCCCCAACCGCCCCCUCCUCCUCCUCCUCCUCCUCCCCCUCCGCUGCCCCUCGUCCCCCCCUGCGGGCUGCCGGCCAGGACUGCCGAUGUCCCGGCGCCUACCGCCCCUCCAGCCGAAGGGAGGGACUGUCCCCCUCCCACGCCACCUCCGCCCCCUCCUCCGCCGCCCCACGCCCACCCGGUGCCCGCGAACAGGCUCUCCUUUCCCCCCUCCCCAGCCUUUAGCGGUGCUGACGUGCCCCCUCCGCUGCCCCCCAAGUCUCCCCACUUGCUGUCACAGUUCCAUAAGCCAAGCAGCAUUCAGUCGCUGCCGCUCCCACCCACCCCCGGCCACCCUCAGCCCGCAGCCGGGACAGAGACCAGGAAGAAGAGACCGGGCCGAGGCGCAGGAACUGGUGCUGGGAAGCUGGUCACACCUCCACAACCACCAGCAAGAUCCCCAACAACUGAACUUACGAGCAAGUCUGGAGUCUCAGCCUGGGCUACAGCUCAUGACCCCUACCCACCACUCAAAAAUGGAAAUAUGCACAUCAUUGAUGACUUUGAAUCUAAAUUUACUUUCCAUUCUGUGGAAGAUUUUCCCCCACCUGAUGAAUUCAAGCCAUUUCAGAAAAUAUAUCCCAGCAAGAUAGCUAGAGAUCCUUCUAAAAAUCCUCCAUUAAGAACACAUGUGAGAUGAGAAGAGUCUGCUGAUGCUCUCUGGAAGAGUAUUAAAAAAGAACAUCAAGAUAAUAUAUAAAACAGAAGGGGUCCCCAUUGCAGUGAUAGUGAUUGUAUUUGAGUCACAAGUACUGCAAUGUAAACAUUUCUAUGAACUGGAAAAAUGGUGUAAAUGAUACCUUUUUAGCUGGCCUACAUACUACAGGAAUGUUAGUACAGGCUUUUAAAUUAUUGUAAAUAGGUGGAUAUUUUUUAAGCAAAGCAGCAUAAAAUUUAAGUUCUUUGUAGUGUUGAAACAAUUCUCAUUCUUAUCAUGCUGACAGUGUUAUCUCAGAAUGUUUUGCAUUACAUGCCUGUAUUUCUUUUUUCCCCUUUCAUCAUAAUUUUUAAGUAUUUUGGAAAUUCUCCAGUUAUUAUUCAGACAUUUUUUCAAUGAACUGUCAAACUAAUGUACUACCUUUAGUCUGUUUUUAUGUUCCUUCGCUUCUAUCCGGCCUAUCCUCAGAUUGCAGCAGGAUCUCACUUUCAUGAAGGGACAGGCCCACAAUCCUUCUCUCAUCAAGCAUGAAGAGGAGAUGACAAGGAGCUGUGGCUGCUGUUGAGCCUAUCUCCUACUGAUUACAGAUCCUUAUAGGAUAGUGUCUGAAGAAGACCAGCCUGGGUAGGGUGGUCAUGGAUUUGACAAAGAUGACAGAACUUCUGCAAAGUAGAGGAAAAGAAAGUUGCUAUAUUGUAAGCAAAAAAAAAAAAAAAAAAG